AAAGACUAACAUUAGUUAAGUUCAUCUCAUUUAGCUUCAUAUGAAUUCUGAUUUAUCAGAUUAGAAUUUCUACGUGCUCUUUACGUAGAAAUUAUAUUAUAGCUGGACUAGAAGGUCUUGUAACCGUUGGCUGUAAGCCAAUUGCAAUAUUGAAAAAUUAAGAAGAACAAUAAAAACAAUAAGCACUUCAAUUUUAUUAUCUACAUAUUGACUCGGCUAAAGAUAUUUAUUUUAAAUUUAAGUAAUAAGUUCGUAAUGUCCAAAACUCCAAUAAAAGAAUUGGCUAUCAACUUUGUACCUAGAGAGAUUACAACUCCAAAUAAAGACCAACCAGGCUUAUCAAAGACUGUAUUUUCACAUGUGUCUUCGUUUCAUAGUUUGUUAAUUGAUUGGGUCAAACUAAAAGAUAAAGGUUCUAAGUUUUGUAAAGGGUUCUCAUCAGUGAAACUGCACGAGUAUAAUGAUGAUUAUUAUCCGCACCUAUUGAAGCCAUUGACUGAGGGCUUAGUUGAAAUUAUAGAUAGCUUUCAAAAUAUUAUCGAGGGUAUAAAAAUACUAAAAAAUCAACUGGAAUCACUAUCAAAAUUGCAGUCAACUGACCAGCCAGUAAUUUUGACUUGGUCAGUAGGCCGAAUUCAUGCUUGUGUUAAAAAUACAUAUGAAUCACUCUUAAAGGAGUACAAACUUAAAAAAAUUGUGACAGAAAACAUAGCACACUGUAGAGAUGAAAGCCUCAUUGAGGUUUAUGUUAGUUCUUGGGAAUUUGACCCAUAUUUGAACAUGGAAGAAAAUGCUUAUUUAUUUGCAGAAAUUGGUGUUGCUGGAAUUUCUUAAUUUAAAAAAAUAAUUUAAUGCUCAGUCAUCAGUAUUGUCUAUGUCAAGUCAUUUUUGGAUGUUGUAAAAGUCACAGACAAUUUAAUUAUAAAGCUUUAAAGGCCUUAUGACUAAGUGUAAACUUACUAUUUUUAGCUUGUACUGUAAAUUGAAGUUGUACAAUUAUUUAGUAUAAUCCUAUAGAAGUUUCAAAUACAAAAUAACAUUUACUGAUACAUGUAGUAGUAUGUA